AAUUAUUUGAAAGAAAGAGGAAGGUGCUGUUUGAUUUUUUUGCAGCAUCCUCUCCCUCUCUUGUUGCAUAGAGGGAGAGGAGAAGAUUCAACAUCAUACCUACUCAUCUCUCAUCUCUGAAUUUCAUAUAAAAAAUUAGAUUCAGAGUUUCACCAUUUCAAACGAGACAGAAUGGGAAGUUGUGUUUCAGUUCCUUCUGAUGCAAUACAAGCACCAAAGAAGCUCCAUAGAACAAUAGUAAGACGUAGUCGGAAGAUCUCGAAUCCGGCCAUUAAUGGCACCAAAAAGAGGAUUAGCAAUGGAGGGGCGCGUGUAAUGGAUUAUUCUCUGAGUGAAUUUGUUCACAUGGACUUCGAAAAUGGCGCGAAAACUACUUGCAAGCGCUCUGAAGUUUCAAACUCUGCAUUCCAUCUUACUCAAGUUCAAUUGUGCCAUAGCCAAUAUGGUGCUGAUUCACAUGUAAUUUGCCAAGAAGAAUGUUAUUUUGAUUCUGCCAGUAUUCUGGAAUCUGAAUCAGAUGAUGACUACACUAGUGUCUAUGGAGAUGGAUUUCCAUUAGUGGUAGGCAAUAUCCCAUGUGGCCAAGUGGUCCAGUUUGAAAGAUCAUCAUGUUUUAUGGAUAACAAAUCUCAAUAUGAAGAAUAUCAUGAAAGUUUUCUUAAAGUUGAUGGAGUUAACCCAGGUUUAAAAGAUGAGAAGGUUCAAGAUACUGCACACAGAUUAAGCCUUCAUCAGUUGGCACCUUCUGUCAGUUUCAAGGGUCUCCAAUCCCAAUCAAAGCUGUCAACACUUUUCAAGCUUUCUUUCAAACAGCCAUCUUGUGAUGUUGAGAAUGCAGCUGAUCUUGGUCAAUCAAGAAAAUAUCUGCGUCGUCCGCGAGCAGGGGACACAAUUCCAAGCCAGAAUGGAGAAAACCCAUCUCCAGGAUGCUGGUCUGAAAUUCUACCCUCAACGUUUGAGCUCCGUGGCGAAAACUAUUUCAAGGAUAAGAAAAAGUCUCCUGCAAUAAAUUAUAGUCCAUAUGCUCCAAUUGGUGUGGAUCUAUUUUUCUGUCCCAAAAAGAUACAUCAUAUUGCCAAAUACUUAGAGCUUCCAAAUGUGACAGCAACCAAUGGGGAAAUUCCCCAACUUCUUAUUGUAAACAUUCAGUUGCCUACAUAUCCAGCUGCAAUGUUCCUUGGUGAUAGUGAUGGAGAAGGACUGAGUCUUGUGUUGUACUUCAAGCUUAACGAGACUCUUGAUGAAAACAUUUCUUCCCAGUUUCAAGAAAGCAUAACGAAAUUCAUUGAUGAUGAGAUGGAAAAGGUGAAAGGAUUUGCAAAAGAAUCAAGUGUACCUUUCAGAGAAAGACUAAAGAUCAUGGUAGGACUUGCCAACCCUGAGGAAAUGAAUUUGAGUGUUGCUGAAAAUAAGUUAGUAAAUGCUUAUAAUGGAAAACCUGUUCUCUCUCGCCCCCAACACAACUUUUACAAGGGUCCUAAUUACUUUGAGAUUGAUCUUGACAUACAUCGUUUUAGCUACAUAUCAAGGAAAGGACUUGAUUCAUUCAGAGAUCGUUUGAAAGAUGGCAUUCUUGAUCUAGGCUUAACCAUUCAGGCACAGAAACAAGAAGAGCUUCCAGAGAAGGUGCUAUGCUGUCUUAGAUUGAACAAGAUUGACCUUAGUAAUAAUGACCAAAUACCUAUGCUUGUGAUCAGUGAUGAUGAAUGCUAAGGGCUUCCAUCACUACCUUGCAUUGCAGGGGGUUGUUAGUGUUAAAACUAUAUUAUUACAAACAAUUUUUCAUUAAAUAGUUACUUCCUUAUUGGAUGAGGAAAAAUGGAGUUCCAGGUUUAUGCUUUGGUGCAACUCCUGUAGUUACAUAUUUUUCUGUAACAUUCUUAAAUUCAGAGAAAUAGAAGUUAAGAGAUUAAUAGAAAUUAAGUUUUGUGUUGUACCUUGUAACAAGUCAGAAUCAUGAUAAAUUUUUGUCUGAUAUUUUUCGUUUGAAAAGACAGAAAUAGCAAUUGUACACUUUAAAUUCA